GUUUUGUGGUUUUCUUUUACAGAUGCACAUAGAUUCUCAUGAUGCUCUGGGAGUACUGAAUACUCUGUUUGAAAUUUUGGCUCCUUCUUCUCUUCGCCCUGUUGACAUGCUUUUAAGAAGUAUGUUUGUUACUCCUAAAACAAUGGCGUCAGUGAGCACUGUCCAGCUAUGGAUUUCUGGAAUUUUAGCUAUCCUUAGAGUUCUCAUCUCACAGUCCACAGAAGACAUAGUUCUAUCUCGUGUUCAGGAGCUUUCUUUCUCACCAUAUUUGAUUUCACGUCAAGCAAUUAACAGACUGAGACGUGGUGAAAAUAACAUAUCUGCACAAGAGGAUCACACUGAGGUUAAACAGACUAAAUAUCUGCCUGAAGAGACAUUUUCUAGGUUCUUGUUACAGCUGGUUGGUAUUCUACUCGAAGAUAUUGUUACCAAACAAGUGAAAGUGGACAUGAAUGAGCAGCAGCACACUUUCUAUUGCCAGGAGCUGGGCACUUUGCUUAUGUGCUUAAUACAUAUCUUCAAAUCAGGGAUGUUUAGAAGAAUCACAGCUGCAGCCACCAGGCUUUUUACAGGAGAUGGAUCUGAUGGUAGUUUCUAUACCCUUGAAAGUCUGAGUGAACUUGUUCAGUCCAUGGUUCCCACACAUCCUUCCUUAGUUCUCCUCUGGUGUCAGAUCCUGCUGCUUGUUAAUUACACAAACUACAACUGGUGGUCAGAAGUGCAUCAAACUCCAAAGAGACAUAGUCUUUCUACUACUAAAUUACUUAGCCCUCAGAUAUCUGGAGACAGUGAUGAAUCAGAUUCAGAAUCUAAACGUGGCAUGUGCAAUCGAGAGAUAGUGAGAAGAGGAGCACUCAUUCUUUUUUGUGACUAUGUGUGUCAAAACCUACAUGAUUCAGAACACUUGACUUGGCUUAUUGUGAAUCAUGUUCAAGACUUGAUUAAUCUAUCCCAUGAGCCUCCAGUACAAGACUUCAUUAGUGCUGUUCACAGAAAUUCAGCAGCCAGUGGUCUCUUCAUCCAGGCCAUUCAAUCACGGUGUGAGAAUCUUGCAGCUCCUACGAUUCUGAAGAAGACUUUACAGUGCUUAGAGGGGAUACAUCUCAGCCAGUCUGGAGCAGUCUUGACAUUGUAUGUUGAUAAGCUUCUUUGUACUCCAUUCCGUGUGCUAGCUCGCAUGGUUGACACACUGGCUUGCCGUCGGGUAGAAAUGCUUUUGGCUGCAACUUUACAGAACAGCAUUACUCAGUUACCAGUUGAAGAACUGGAUAGAAUUCAGGAAUACCUUCAAAACAGUGGAUUAGCAACGAGACACCAAAGACUUUACUCACUCUUGGAUAGAUUUCGUCUUAUGGUGGCACCAGACACAACUAGUCCUUCACCUCUGGUUACCUUGCACCCACUAGAUGGAGAAGACCAACCAGGUUUAGAGAAUGUAAUUCUAGAUAAAGAGUGGUAUAUGUCACUAGUGAGGUCUCAGUGUUGCAUCAAGUCUGACUCAGCACUACUAGAAGGUGCAGAACUGUUAAACAGAAUUCCUCAGCCUGACCUGAACUCCUUCAUGAACAGCAAGGAAUUCAACCUGAGCUUGUUAGCACCUUGUUUAAGCCUUGGCAUGAGUGAAAUCUCAAGAGACCAGAAGAGUAGCCUUUUUGAAGCAGCUCGGAGAGUGACACUGGAUCACGUGUCUGCCACUGUAUUAAACCUUCCUGCCAGCCACCAGGUUUUCCAACCACUUUUGCCAACUGAGCCAUCGGCCUACUGGAAAAAACUAAACGAUAUCUUUGGCGAUGAGGUGAUGUAUCAGUCUGUGAUGAUGCUUUGUCGUGCGCUCGCUCAGUAUUUGUUGUUACUCUCAAAACUACCAACCAGUCUCCGUGUUCCUCCUGACAAAGAGGAUGACAUCCUGAGAUUUGUCGUGAUGUCAAUAGAGGCGUUAACAUGGCAUUUAAUACAUGACCGACUUCCAAUAAGUAUAGAUCUGCAAGCUGCUCUGGAUUGCUGCUGUCUGACUUUACAGCAGCCUAACCUCUGGAAUUUGCUGGCUUCUGCAGUUAAUGUGACAUAUGCUUGCUCCUUAAUUAAUUGCAUUAAGUUUAUCAUAGAAGCAGUUGCAGUUGAACCUGGAAAUCAACUUCUUAGUCCAGAAAGAAAGAAGAAUGCUUCAAAAGGCUUAAGUGAGAAUGAAGUUGAUUCAAACAUGCACAAAGUGAAACACAUUACUGCAGCUUGUGAAAUGAUAGCUGAGAUGGUGGAAUGUUUGCAGACUGUUCUGGCUUUGGGUCAUCAUAGAAACAGCAGUAUCCCAGCAUUUCUCACUCCUGUCCUCAAGAAUAUCAUCAUCAGUUUAGCAAGGCUGCCUCUAGUGAACAGUUACACAAGAGUGCCUCCCUUGGUCUGGAAAUUAGGCUGGUCGCCAAAGCCUGCAGGUGACUUUGGCACAGUUUUUCCUGAAAUCCCAGUAGAAUUUCUUCAAGAAAAAGAAAUCUUUAAAGAGUUCAUCUAUCGCAUUAAUACACUCGGAUGGAUCAGCCGUACCCAGUUUGAAGAGACUUGGGCGACUUUACUUGGUGUACUUGUAACUCAGCCUAUUGUAAUGGACCAAGAAGAGAACCAACAAGAGGAAGAUACAGAGAGGACCCAAAUUAAUGUUCUUGCAGUACAAGCCAUAACUUCCUUGGUGCUGAGUGCAAUGACAAUACCUGUUGCAGGCAAUCCAGCAGUCAGUUGUUUGGAACAGCAGCCUCGCAACAAAGCUUUAAAAGCUCUGGACACAAGGUUUGGGAGGAAGCUAAGUGUUAUCAGGGGAAUUGUUGAACAAGAAAUCCAAGCAAUGGUAUCUAAGAGAGAUAAUAUUGCUACUCAUCACUUAUAUCAAGCUUGGGACCCUGUUCCAUCACUUUCUCCUGUUAGCACAGGUGCUCUUAUCAGCCAUGAAAAACUCUUAUUGCAAAUCAAUACUGAACGAGAAAUAGGAGAUAUGGAUUAUAAACUGGGGCAGGUCUCUAUACAUUCCAUAUGGUUAGGAAAUAAUAUCACUCCAUUGAGAGAAGAAGAGUGGGGUGAGGAUGAGGAAGAUGAGAAUGAUGUACCUGUUCCUUCCUCACCACCGACCUCUCCUAUUAACACCAGGAAGCAUCGGGCUGGUGUAGAUAUACAUUCUUGUUCUCAGUUCUUACUUGAACUGUAUAGUCAGUGGAUAUUGCCAUCAAACCCUAACAAGAGAACGCCAGUCAUAUUGAUUAGUGAAGUUGUGCGAUCACUCCUGGCAGUAUCGGACUUAUUUACAGAAAGAAAUCAGUUUGAGAUGAUGUAUACAACGUUGACAGAAUUGCGAAAGGUGCAUCCAUCAGAAGAUGAGAUUCUUAUACAGUAUUUGAUACCAGCCACUUGUAAGGCUGCAGCUGUUCUUGGGAUGGAUAAAGCUGUGGCUGAACCAGUGAGUCGACUGCUGGAAUCUACCUUAAGAAGCACUCAUAUGCCAAGUCGAAUUGGGGCUCUGCAUGGAAUUCUUUACAUCCUUGAGUGUGACCUGCUCGAUGAGACAGCAAAGCAACUCAUUCCAAUCAUCUGCGAGUAUUUACUCUCCAAUUUGAGAGCAGUAGCACAUUGUGUGACUGUCCAUAACCAACAGCAUAUCUUAGUAAUGUGUGCAGCUGCAUUCUAUUUGAUAGAGAACUAUCCACUUGAUGUAGGACCUGAAUUCUCUGCAGGAAUUAUACAGAUGUGCGGAGUCAUGGUGUCUGGAAGCGAUGAAUCAACACCAUCCAUUAUUUACCAUUGUGUCCUGAGGGGAUUAGAACGACUCCUUCUUUCAGAGCAGCUUUCCAGGCUGGAUAGUGAAUCUCUAGUUAAACUGAGUGUUGACAGAGUGAAUGUGCAGAGCCCCCACAGAGCAAUGGCAGCUCUUGGGCUAAUGCUGACUUGCAUGUACACAGGAAAGGAAAAAGUCAGCCCCAGUCGUUCCACAGAUGCAAAUCCUGCAGCCCCCGACAGUGAGUCUGUGAUCGUGGCUAUGGAACGAGUAUCUGUUCUUUUUGAUAGGAUCAGGAAGGGAUUUCCUUUUGAAGCUAGAGUAGUGGCCCGAAUCCUUCCACAAUUCCUUGAUGAUUUUUUUCCUCCACAAGAUGUAAUGAAUAAAGUUAUUGGAGAAUUUCUAUCCAAUCAGCAGCCUUAUCCACAAUUUAUGGCAACAGUAGUUUAUAAGGUAUUCCAGACACUACAUACCACUGGACAGUCCUCAAUGGUCCGUGACUGGGUGAUGCUGUCUCUCUCUAAUUUCACACAAAGGACACCUGUGGCAAUGGCAGUGUGGAGUCUUUCCUGUUUUUUUGUCAGUGCUUCCACCAGUCAAUGGAUUUCAGCAAUUCUUCCACAUAUUAUCAGCAGAAUGGGAAAACUGGAGCAAGUGGAUGUUAACAUCUUCUGUUUGGUGGCCAUGGACUUUUACCGACAUCAGAUUGAUGAAGAAUUAGAUCGGAGGGCUUUUCAGUCAGUGUUUGAGGUGGUAGCAUCUCCAGGAACCCCAUAUCAUCGCCUCCUAACUUGUUUGCAAAAUGUCCACAAGGUCACAGCAUGUUGAAUGUCCUGAUGCAUAACGAAAUUGCAUGACUAGUGUUGGAAUCUGAUAUGAACUAUAGGAAAUGUGAGAUCGAGGAAGUAUCUGUGGUUGCAUUUGAGAUAAACAUGGACCUGCCACUUAUUUUUUUUCCAGGAGAAGUGUUCUGCAGCACUGGAAAUCACCUGAAAAAUCUAGCAGUUUUUUUUUGUUCUUGACACGAGGCUCCUGUGGAUGGAGUUGUCCAUGUUCUACAAGUGAUGUUUGGGACUAACUGAGAUAGAUUUACUAACUGUAAACUAUAAGCAAGUGCUACAUGCAAGGUAACUGGUAUUGCUCUUCUUCCUAACGUUCAGCUGAAGCCACUGUGUUUGCAGCUGGUAAGAAACUGACAGAAACACUCUGUUAUUGCAAGCUGCAUUCAUUAGAGAACUUCAUAGUUCUAUGUACGUGUAUAUACUGUUGUGUAGUACGAAAUAGAGAUUAUUGAAUUGUCUCUCCCAAACAAGGACAAGAAAAGAUGGCUUUCAUGAGUUUCACUUCCAGCAUGUAAUUCCUCUCCAGACUUUCUUAUAUCCUGUGGUGCACGUGUUGGUGGUAUCGGAGAUGUGGUGCACAUACGUAACCACACUUUUUUCUUUUUUUUUUCUCUCAGGAUUUAAAAUUUGAGUACAAUAUAUCAGUAGAAGAAAUUUUAACUUAAAUAUUUCUAUUUCUAUAUCAUGUACAGUAUGUAAAAUUGUAAUAUGUGUGAUGCAUGAGCUGUGCUGUAAUUCAAGGUGAACAGAAGCCACGCUACUGAAUGUCUUGACAUCUGUAUUGUCCUCAUUUUUCCUUGUGCUCAAAUUUAUGUUCUUUUUGAAAUUCCAUCUUAAUGUACAGAUUACAUCUUGUUUUGCAUUUCACUUUUUCUUAAAGCGCUUUAAAACUGGAAUAUGUUGAUUUAAUGUGUCUUGAGUGACUGUAUUAAGGAGGCAUUCUUGUGGUCCACUUGUAGCUUUUGAAUUCCUUUAUGUUGAGAUGUUAUGGUAAAAGAGAGGACUAGUUAUUUUGGAUCAGCCUUUUGUAUACUUAAGAAAUGGCUCUUAUCUGUUGCACAGCAUUUAAGAGACAAUAGUGCAAGCUCCCCAGUAGUCAAUAACCAUUUGACCUUUCCUAACUGAGACCAUGGAGUCAACUGGAUUCAAACCACUCUCACUUUGAACAAAUUUAUACUAGCAGUUGAGAAUCAGAAGGCUGCUGUGGUCUACUUUGGGACUGGCUAAGGUGUUAGAUUGCACAACGGCUUUUAUUACCUGUCAUACACGUAAUGCUUUAGACACACAGUACAAAUAUCAACAAUUUUAUAGCACUACACAAGGCCAGAUUUAGCUUUUACUUACCACCCAGGAAACCCCAUUGAUCUGUGAGUUGCCUGGGGAAAGCAUAGCAUUCAUCUUUCGUUAUAUUUGUUAUAAUUUUUUAAUUAUAGAAAAAUGAUAGCUGGGUUUUCAGUCACGUCCUAUAUUUAACCUCUCUUCAAUUCCUUAUCACACCUUUUGGUGACACUUGGAAAAAUGAGAUAGUGUUGUCAGGAGGAGCAUGUACUUGUAUGUAUUUCUGUAUAUAAUGUAUAUGUGGAAAUUAUACACGUGACAACAUUUAAUGUAUACAGAUAUGUAUAUUUGUAUUUAUUAAACCCAUGUAUUUAAACUAAUUCCAAUCUAGACCAAAAAUUGUUACUCCUGCCCAUAAAUUGAUUUAAAAGGAAUUGUCCACUGCUGUCACUUCCUCUUGAAAAGGCAAAACUGAUAAUAUGGGCAGUAGAAACAACUGUAGACAUUGCUGUAUUUAGCUCUCUACAGAUCUUACUAUCUAGAGCAAUUAUUUCUGCCCUUAGUUGGGUUACUCUUAUUUCUUGGGCCACAGCACUGUGGUGAUUUUUAAAAGAAGCUGAAUAGGAGUUCAGAAAAAGAUUUAAUAGAUACUGUUUGAAAGUUUUGAGUUGCAUUGGAAAUUACCUUAAUUCUGACAAGAGACUAAUUCAAGGCAGUGAGAUAUAAUGCCCUGUGCAUUCGUUAAGGGUAGUAUAGAUCACUCUUCCCUUUUGUAACCACCAAUAAUCGUUUUGUACUGUAAACCCACACACCAGUCAGUUUUUGUAUGAUAUAUAGUUUAAGUGAAGAUAUUUUUGUAAGCUAUUUUCCAAAUUUUAAAAUAGAUUUUAAUAUAUUUUUUAAGCAUCAGGUUAGUCAUAUUCUCACCAACAGUAUAUGUUGUGUUACAAACUGUUAAAUUCUUUGUAAUUUUAAGCUCCUCAUGAUUAACAGACUAGUUGGUUACUUUACCUUGGGAAAACAGGAGCUAGUCCCUUUAUGAAACUUUCCAAACCAACCAAUUUGGGACUUGGCAUAGAAUCUUUCCAACCACUGAAAGGAGUGUAUUGAACCAAGCAGUCAGCAUGGCUGGAUGAGAAGCAUUUGAUGUGACAAAGCCCCUUUUUCUCAAAUGACCUUUAAGCAAAUACUUGCAUUACCCAGUUCUAGGCAAGCUUUAGAGCUGAUGCAGUCAGUUUUACACUCAUAGAUUCACUGCUAGUAAUUACUCCAUCUGCUUGGACUUCUCUUGGAGAUUUGUCAUAGUAUAUAUAUACCUCCUGAAACAUGUUUCUGGAACUUCUAAAGAACAGCAGCUCCUUUUAGAAGUUCUCAGUGACCUGUAGGGAAUAAGGGCCCUCCUAGUAUGGAAACAGGCACACGAGUUGUGCUUCAAAUCUAAUAUGUCACCUGCAGCACAUUUUGCUAUCCUCUUCCUGUCCUUGCUUUCUCCAUUCUCCCUUCUUUUGGAGUGAAAUUGUUUUGAAAUCACUCCUUUCUGCUUGUAAUGACAAGAAUCAAGAUGUCUGUGGUGGGGACUGCAACAACAGAACAAAACAGCAGAACAGUGGUCACCAAGAAAAUCCUGAUAUUGAAUUUAAAGAAAAAAAAUGCAAAACAUUUAAAAUAAUUUAUUAUUGAAAGCAUUCAGAGUAUUUUGUAUUCAGAGUAUUUUCUAUUUAUGCAUUUUGCCAGUUGAAAUUGAAUGUGAGAGUAUUUAAAUCUUCUCUUGAGCAUAUACUCAGAUGUCAUUUCUUCCCUAAAGUAAGUGACUGUGCAGUACUCCUGCUUUGGUAGGAAUGCCUUCUCAGUACCAAGAAGUUUUGUUUCUUAAAAAAUAGGGCAUUCCUUAAGCAUUAAGUAAUGAUAGAACAGAUUUAGAUAAAUGAAGUGGGGAAUGAGUGGAAGCUUUCAGAUUAAAAGACAUUUAUCCAUACUUAAUAGAUUUACCUUAAGAGCGUUCUGUCUUACCGUUCUCCUUUAUAAAUGGCUGUUAACUUCUUAAAGCAGAUAAGGAGGUUGUGUCAGAAGCACUGCAAAGACAGUUCUCCAAGAGCAGCAGACGUAUUUUUUUGUCUUACACGUUGGUGGAGCUGUCAUACCUAAGCAUUUACGCUUCCUAAAUAAAAGAAAUUUUUAGAGUAUAAUGAGCAAUAAAUAUAGCAAUAAGCAGUCUCAUUAAAUUUGGUCAUUCAGAAUCUUACCCAGUGGUUGGAAGGGAUGAGGUGGGAGUAAAAGGUGUUGGUUCAAGUACAUUCACUGCAUAAAACAGACUUUUUCCAUGUACAAUCCCAAGUAAAAUUUGCACUAAUGAUAGAAAUAACUAUGUGACAAUGGUAAGUGCUUUGCUCUUUUAUUUUUAAAACAAUUCUGGUUACAGGGAUACAGAUGAUAAAAGUUAUAAAGGAGCAAAGUACUUCAGUACUUUAAUUUAGAUAGUUUCCUUAUUUUAAAGUUUAAAAAAAUAAAAAAAAAAAGAACAAGCUGCUGUAAGAACCAGAGUAAGCAAUGUAGCAAAAUUACUGGGAAGUUCAAUAUGCUACUCUUAUAUUGAGAUUUCAGGUGAACUCUUUGUGCAUGCUACUUUGAAGCGUCCACUGAAAAAUCUUGAGAAUCCCAUAGUCAUACCCAGGAGAGCUUCUGUAGUAUGCCAGGUUUUAGUUGUAUUCAUGUUGACUGGGUAUGAAUGCUGCAGAGCAUUUGUGAAGCAUGCGCUGCUUUCUGUCAUGUGCAUUUGUGUGAGCUUAUCAUUUCCCACCAGUCUGUGUACACAUACCAUCAAGUUGGGUCAACCUGACGAAGGACAAGGCAAAGGCAUGUGAUGUACAGCACCCUGUGCUGUUGUCUUAUAGAGCUUGAGGGCAGUGAUGAGCGAAAGCUUGGAGCCCCAACCCAAAGAACAAUUGUACUCAAAAUAAAAGGAAAGCAUAUAAUUUUAGAUGUCUGUUUAAGUUUAAAGAAAUGCUGAAAAUACUGCAAUUUGAAACUAAAAGAGAAAAUAAAAUACAACUAUUGCUGUAAGA